AUGCCCAAAGAUGAUGGAGUUGAAGCAAACCCCCGAAAACACAACCCCACCUAUGACUCGAUCGAAAUCACGUACACAGGCCAAAAUGGAAUGGCCCGUGAGGAAAAACCCGGCCAUACCAAUGAAUCUUUGGGAUGGUGGAGCGUGGAUCAAACAGAAUGUCUUUUUUUUUCAUUUCUUCGUCGCGAUGCUGCCACUCUACUUCACCUGAUUCAACAAUACGUCUCCCCAGGUACAAAAAUUGUUUCCGAUUUUUGGCGUGCAUAUGGGAGCAUCUCGAGUCUUCAAGCAAACUUCCAACAUGUUGCCGUCAAUUAUAAACUCUGUUUCGUCGAACCUAACGAUCCCACUGCGCACACCCAAGAUGAAUACGCAGUGAUCCCCAAUCUC